GGCCCAGACCUGGCUGUCAAUCAAAGGGUCUGUCCGGGGAAGGGAGCCGUUCUUGCUGGAGAGAUUGCAAGCGGCGGGGAGAAGCAAUGUUUCACCGCGGAGAUUGCAGGGCUGCCGGCGGCAGUGGCACUGAAAUCAGAGGCACUUGGAAGCCGGUCAAAUAACCAACCUGGGAGCAGCAACGCUUGGACAGCCUUUAGCAACAGCACAGGAAUGGUGUUGGAGGGCAGCACUGAAGCAGUCACCGCCCAGGCAUUGGAUCUGCACAGCAGCUGCGCACGCGCCUCCCAGCCUCCGCCCACGGCAGACGGCCCCGAGCACUCCCCCUCCAAAAAAGACAUCACCAAGUACGGAGAGGUCAUCGUCUUGGGGUACAAUGGGUCACUGGGGAAUGGCGACAGAGGGCGGCGGCGGAGUCGGAUGGCCUUGUACAAGAGACCGAGCGCAAAUGGUGUCAAACCGGACGUGGUUCACAUUACGUCCACGCCCCUGGCUUCGAAGGCGCUGAGCAACAUGGGGCAGCACAGUGUGUCGUACACUCUCUCCCGGAGCCAGUCCAUCAUUGUGGAGUACAGUCACGACAGCAACACCGACAUGUUUCAGAUCGGCCGUUCCACGGAGACUCUCAUCGACUUUGUGGUCACCGACACAGCCCCGAGCUCUCAGGGUAACGGUGAGGCACAGACUCUGCAGAGCACCAUCUCCCGGUUCGCCUGUCGCAUCACCUGUGACCGGAACCCGCCCUACACCGCGCGCGUCUACGCGGCCGGAUUCGACUCCUCCAACAACAUCUUCCUCGGGGAAAGGGCAGCCAAGUGGCGGACCACCGACGGGCUGAUGGACGGCCUCACCACCAACGGCGUUCUGGUCAUGCACCCGGCGCACGGUUUCUCCGAGGACUCCGCUCCCGGCACGUGGCGAGAGAUCUCCGUCUGCGGGAAGGUGUACGCCCUGCGAGAGACGAGGUCGGCCCAGCAGAGGGGCAAGUUGGUGGAGAACGAAUCCAACAUCCUGCAGGACGGCUCGCUGAUCGACCUGUGUGGUGCCACGCUGCUGUGGCGCACGACCCGGGGCCUGGAGCACGCGCCGACGCUGAAGCAGCUGGAGGCUCUGCGGCAGGAGGUGAACGCGGCCCGGCCGCAGUGCCCAGUGGGCUUCAGCACGCUGGCCUUCCCCAGCCUGGCGCGGCGCGAGGUGAUCGAGAAGCAGCAGCCUUGGGUUUACGUCAGCUGCGGCCACGUCCACGGCUACCACGGCUGGGGCUGCCGCAAGGAGGGGGGCGGUGGCGGGGGCGUGGACGAGCGGGAGUGCCCCCUGUGCCGGCGGGUGGGGCCAUACGUUCCCCUGUGGAUGGGCAGUGAGGCGGGGUCCUACCUCGACGCCGGCCCGCCCAGCCACGCCUUCUGCCCCUGCGGUCACGUCUGCUCCGCCAAGACGGUGAAGUAUUGGUCACGGAUCCCGCUCCCCCACGGCACCCACGCCUUCCAUGCCGCCUGUCCCUUCUGUGCCACCUGGCUGACCGGAGAGAAAGGCUACGUUAAGCUAAUCUACCAGGGGCCACUCGACUGAACCGCGACCUUCGCCCUUGGACCCCCGGCCCAUCCUCCCCGCCACUCUCGGUUGACCGCAGUUCUGCAGAACCACCUGUCGUUUCUUUUAUAAAAAAAUAAAUUAAGUAUAUCUAA